AUGCCGACCGUUCACCUUUUGGACUAUGUCGCGGGGAACAUUCGCUCGUUGGUCAAUGCGAUCAACCAAGUCGGAUAUGAGGUGGAAUGGGUCAAGACUCCCGAAGAUGUGAAGAACGCCGAUAAACUGAUCCUCCCUGGUGUCGGCCACUUCGGCCACUGCCUCUCGCAACUGGACCAGGGCGGGUUCCUGGGCCCCAUUCGCGAGCACAUUGAAGCCGGAAAGCCUUUCAUGGGAAUCUGUGUCGGUCUGCAGGCGUUGUUCCAAGGCUCCGAAGAAGAUCCCGACGUUCCCGGCCUAGGUGUCGUUCCUAUGCGCAUUCAAAAGUUCGACGACAAGUCCAAGAGCGUACCACACAUUGGUUGGAACUCGGCGAUGAACACGGAGAUCGAGACGAAAAAGCAGAGCUUAUAUGGAUUGAGGCCAACCAGCAAAUACUACUACGUUCACUCAUAUGCCGCGCCUUACCAGCCCGGAGUGCUCGAGGCGGACGGCUGGUCGAUUGCGACAGCCACAUAUGGCGAGGAGGAAUUCAUUGGUGCCAUCAGCCGAGGAAAUGUUUUCGGUACUCAAUUCCACCCUGAGAAGAGCGGAGUGGCCGGACUACGAGCCAUCCGCGCUUUCUUGACCGGUGAUCAAUUCCAAUCUCUUCCUCAAGAAUUGCUGGCUGGUAAGGAAAAUGGACUGACGCGCCGAGUCAUUGCCUGUCUUGAUGUGCGAGCAAACGAUAACGGAGAUCUCGUCGUGACCAAGGGCGAUCAAUAUGACGUCCGUGAAAAGAGUGGAGUAGAUGCAGGUGGCCAGGUUCGUAACCUCGGAAAGCCCGUCGACAUGGCCAAGAAGUAUUACGAGCAAGGAGCAGACGAAGUCACGUUCCUGAACAUCACAUCCUUCCGCAACUGCCCUGUGGCAGACACACCCAUGCUGGAGAUUCUCCGGAGGACAUCAGAGACCGUCUUUGUGCCCUUGACUAUUGGUGGAGGCAUCAAAGACACCGUCGACACUGACGGCACCGCUAUUCCUGCGCUGGACGUCGCGACGAUGUACUUCAAGUCCGGUGCCGACAAGGUCAGCAUUGGCUCAGACGCGGUCUUUGCCGCUGAAGACUACUACAAAUCUGGGCUGAGCGGACGCACUGCCAUCGAGACAAUCUCGAAUGCCUACGGCAAACAGGCCGUGGUAGUGAGCGUCGAUCCUAAGCGGGUCUACGUCGAUCGACCAGAGGACACCACUCACCACACGUUGAAGACCGCCUAUCCUAAUGCUGCCGGCCAGAGCUACUGCUGGUACCAGUGCACGGUCAAGGGUGGCCGGGAGACUCGCGACAUGGAUGUGCGGCAAUUGGUGCAGGCAGUGGAGGCGAUGGGUGCGGGUGAAAUCCUGCUCAACUGCAUCGACAAGGACGGCAGCAACAGCGGCUUUGACUUGGAGCUAAUUAACGACGUCAAGGCUGCCGUCAAGAUUCCCGUCAUUGCCUCCAGUGGCGCUGGAGUACCGGGUCACUUUGCAGAAGUCUUUAGCAAGACGACGACCGAUGCGGCAUUGGGUGCAGGCAUGUUCCACCGUGCAGAGUAUACUGUGAGCCAGGUCAAGGAUCACCUCCAAGCCGAGGGUUUUUUGGUACGCCAAUUUGAGGCCGAUCUCUAA